UAUCGGCGCUCCCUGUGGUGGCAGUCCGUGUAAAAACGGUGGCCGCUGCCUGCCCCGGCUAGCCAACUAUAUCUGUCAGUGCACGAAGAGCUACACCGGACGGCACUGUCACAAAAAAGUGCGUCGGACUCGGUUGGACCGAGUCGCCGCCAGACGACAGAGUGACGCCGUACACUUCAACGGGAAGGCGUUCGUUCUUCUGCCCAACAUGAUCCGUCGAGCUCGUAAGCGACAGAAGUCGAACCGGCUCAGCUUCCACCUCCGGACCACGGACCCCGAGGGACUAAUCGCCUGGCAGGGACGGCUCGGAUCCGUGGACGCCAACUUCUUCAGCGUCGGACUCGCCAACGGCACCGUCCAGCUCACCUUCAACCUGGCGAGGUCACGCAGCGGGGUCGUCACACUGGGGUCAAAGCACGCGGUCAGUGACGGCGCGUGGCACCGUGUGCGGGUGCGGCGCCGCCGCCGCUGGGCCUCGAUUCAGGUGGACCGUCACCGUCCGGAGCGGACCUCGCGGCCGGCUAGGGGCCGCUCCCGACUGCACACUGAUGGAAAACUCUAUAUCGGCGGUUCACCAUCGCUGCCGGCCGGGCUACCGUUCUUCUGUUACCGGCCCUUCUCCGGCUGUCUGCGCCGACUCUCCGUCAGCAAACACGCUGUCAACCUCGCCACUCACGUGGACAAUGUCAAACUGCACCGCUGUCCGGCAGUGUGACCGGAUUGGUCACCAAGGUGUGACGUCAUCCGUGAGCAGAACGGGCGUGAGCGAGUGAACAGAGGGAGUGAGGCGUGUGCUAUAGCCAUAGGUCUGAUCAAGAUUGGUGACGUGAGUGGGAGUUUGAACGCUCGUGUGUGUGUUUAAAUGGCUACGUCAGUGAAAUGUGUUGUAUUGGAGGUUGUUGAACGACAGUGUACUAUAGAGUGGUUGUAAUGGCAGACUGUAUCGUGCUGGGAGUGCUGACCACCCAGUCGGUGUUCUAUGGAAUGUUUGCACUGGUUAACUGUUGAACGCUGUUAGAUUGUCUGACGUAACUCGCUAACUCAUUGACCAUUGUGUACUCAUGAAUGUGUUUGGAAAAGAUAUUACAUGUGUAAAUAAAUGUCAUGGAUAACAGUAAUACUGUACAGUGUGUUGUUGUAUGUGCUUUUGGGAGAAUGGAGACAGGUGUACGUCAUUCUCAACUAAUUCGUUUCCCUAUCAACCUGUUGUUGGUGUCAUGUUACUGCCAUGUCCACUUGCUAAUACAGUGAAAUGUGUUAAAAACAA